CAUAUUCGGAGCAGAGAAAAACGUAAUGUGAAGUUGAGUAACAGAAGCGUAAUAAAGAGGAGGAGAUCGAGUAAAGAAGGAGAGGGGAAAGGGUACCGAGUAUUACCCUAAUUUGGCACUGCUCCUCAUGGCCAGAUCGCCCGACUUCCACCACCGCGCCAGCGGCGGCGGCGGACGGACGAACCUGGCCUCUUGCCUCCUGGCGACGGCCUUCCUUCUCCUCCUCCUCGUCGCCGCUACCGUCGCCCUCUUCAUCCUGUUCCGCCCCCGCGACCCCGAGAUCCGUGUGUCGGCCUUCCAGCUCCCCGGCUUCGCCGCCGCCAACGGCACCCUCCGCUUCACCUUCAACCAGUACGCCGCCGUCCGCAACCCCAACCGCGCCGCCUUCUCCCACUACGACAGCACCCUCCAGCUCGUCUACGCCGGAAACCAGGUGGGGUUCAUGUUCAUUCCGGCGGGGCAGAUCGCCGGCGGCCGCACCCAGCACAUGGCCGCCUCCUUCCCCGUCGACGCGCUCCCACUGGCCGCUGCCGCCGCGCUGCCCCCCGGUGCCGCGGACGCCGUCGAGGUCGACUCGAGGAUGAGCGUCAAGGGCCGGGUCCGAGUGCUGCGUUUCUUCACGCACCACGUCCAGGCCACCGCCGGCUGCCGCGUCGGGAUCUCCGCCGCCGACGGUUCGGUUCUAGGGUUCCGGUGCUGAUCGAUCCGGCCCCAAUUAAAUGAGCGGAAAAUUGCACGAGAAUUGAGCGAACAAAACAAGAGAGGAAGAAGCAGGAUGAGAUGAUGGACAUGGUGGCUCACUCGGGGGGCUCAUGCAGCAUCCUGUAGGGAGGAUGAUGAAGAUGGCUCGUGGGGCAGUUGAUACCAUGAAGAAUGCUUUGGGUAUAUGGGUGGCACCACCACCUUCAUGGACUCUUUUGCUUCAGCUCCAGGUUGCCACCUUUCUCAACUUGAGGUUUCUUAUAAAACACUUGUGGAUACUCUGUAAUAGUGGACUAUCCACUACAGAUCGGAUAUUUAUUGGUAAACUUGGCACUGCUGAUGACAGUCUCCAUGUAGGACAUCAAGAAACUCAUAAUGAUUCAUCUUUCUUAUCCAUCAUGCACUGAUUAACUUGUGAAUAAUUUAAAUGACAUGAGCCCAAGGGAACGACAUAGGAAGUCCUAAAUAUUGAUUGGAUUUAGAUGUGAACUACCUAAUCUUGGAUGGAACAAAUUAAAUUAUAAGAAAAUGAUGGUUUCUUGUGAGAAAAAAAGAGAGGCCUGGAUUUCAUUACCCUAAAAACUGGUCACCAACCUCUUAAAUUUAGGGGUCCUUUAUGGAUGAAAUUUAACCUUCUAAAAUAUUUUUCUUAUCCUAGUAAGCUCAAACACCACCAAAUAUUGUUGUUUUUUUUAUAAAAAAUUAUCUCUCCUUUUCUGUGAAAUAAAACUAGAUUUCCAUUUAUAGCUUCUAAAUUUAUUAUUUGUUAGAAAGAAUUAAAUAAGAGGAGGUUGAUGACUACUUUUUUUUUUUUUGAUAUUUCAUGUCAAAAGUUGUCAAUAAUUAAAGACAUCCCAACACACACACACACACAUUAUUAUUAUUAUUUUUCAUUCCUUUUUCAUUUUCUCUGAUGUAACUCCAAUUACAAUUACAUAACUCAAAAUUCUAGUCUCCAUCUAAAAUUCCGAGUCAACAAAAUCAAAGAAGAGUCAAAACUGCUACUUAUUUUAUUUAUAUCUCCUGCUCCCACUCAACUGAAGCUAAAACCAAAUCAUGUCACAAUCAAGAUCCAUACCUGUAUCCACUUAGAAUUAUUGAAGCAACAUGGUCACUCUCCUCCAAUAUAUUUAUGUCCUUUUUUUUCUGGUUCUUUUUGUCCUUGGCUUUUUUUUUUUCUUUUUGGGGGCAACAUUUCCCCUACUAAUCAUUGAGGUCCUCUCCAUCCCACCUCACAUAGAAUCUCUAUAUAUGGUAAAUAUUUUAUAAAAUUAUUUCAUUUUAUCAAUAUAUAUAUAUAUAUAUAUAGUUUUAUAUUUUUAUUAAAAAAUUGUUUAACAGUUGUAAUUAGUUUCUAAUUUUCGGUCAUAGAGGAUCUCUCUACAAUUAAAGUUAAUAAAGGAAGGAGGAUGCUAGCUAGUCUAAAUUUGAUAGGGAAGUCAAAGAUCGAAUUCCAUUUUUAUCGUUGACUAGGUUAGUAAGGUUGACAAAUCUUAUCUUACAUCACCGACUCUUUCUUAUUUUAUUUUAAUUAGACUAAAUUAAAUUAUUUUUAUAAAAUAUUAGCCAAAAAAAUCUAUAUAUAAAUUAUGAGGAGCUACC